AUGAUAGGCUUUCUUUUACUCGGGGCCGGUGUUGCGGCCUUGCUCAUUCGACUUUUUAUUCGACCUGUUAUCCUCUACUUUGUUGAUCCUAAAGGGCUGAGGAAAUACGAAAACUUCUCAUGGCUGUCUCCCUUUACCGAUUUACGCCACUGCUAUCUUAGCCACACAGGCAAGCGCUCUGAGACACUUGCUGCUGAACAUGAACGCCGUGGACAAGCUGUCCUGAGGAUCGGUCCCAACGCAUUAUCCUUCAACCAUCCACAAGCAGUCAGAGACAUCUACGGUCAUCAAACAAGGUGCACGAAAGACCACAAGGAGACUGUACUUGCUGGAACUCAUCGAAACCUUUUCGAUGUAGUUGACAAGGGCGAACACAGCAGGAAGAGAAGACUGCUUUCUGCUGCAUUUGCCACGAGGAACCUGGAGAAGUGGGAGUUCAAAGUUCAGUAUACCACUCAGCGCCUCUUGGACGCCUUCGACACCCGUUGUACCGCACCUCUCAAGCCAAACACCAACCCCAUUCCCGAAGACCUUACUGUUGACUUUAACAACUGGAUCAACCUUUGGACCAUUGAAGCUAUCAACUACAUUGCUCUCUCGUCCAAGAUGACUUUACUUGAUACCGGCACAGACGAAGUUACCGCUGAAAGGCCUGACGGCACACUCUAUCCUGCUAGAUAUCGACAAUCCCAGAACCACUCGGCUAUGGUAAAAUCCGUGUUUGUUUGGGAAUACGAACUUUUCCCAUGGCUCGCUCGUGCUUCCAAGGUUAUUCCCAAUAAAUGGAAGAGCUACUGGGCUACUAGCGCCCCAUGGGGCGACGUCUGCUACCACCAAGCUAAGGAAAGAUUGAGAAGAUAUGAAGCUGGCGAGAAACUUGAUGAUUUCUUCUCAUGUCUCAUGCAGGAUAAGAACGGCAUUUCCAACGAGCUUGAGUGGGGAGAGAUUGUUGCCGAGACGUCUGCGAUCAUUGACGCUGGAGCUGAGACUACCGCUAUUGCCCUUACGCAUGUCCUCCAAUUGUUGAUCAGCCACCCCGAGCAGAUGCAGAAGCUAAGGGAUGAAAUCGCUUGCGUUAUGGACGAAGAUGAUGUCAUAGCACCAUUUGACAAGGUGAAAGAUCUCCCAUAUUUGAAAGCCUGUCUUGACGAAGGUCUCCGUCUCAUCUCACCUGUAUCUUCCGGGCUUCCACGGCGUACACCACCCGAAGGGGCUAAGAUCAUGGAUGUCUGGAUUCCUGGAGACACAUCAGUUUCUAUGACGAUCUGGAGCGCCCACCAUAACGAGGAGAUCUACCCUGAGCCCUAUGCUUUCAAGCCGGAGCGCUGGCUUCAACCAGAAGAGCGAAAAAGGAUGGAGCCCUUCUUCAUCCCCUUCUCUGCGGGUGCAAGAGGCUGUAUUGGACGAAACAUCUCGUAUCUGGAGCAGCAAAUUGUUUUGAGUACCUUGGUACACCGUUAUGAUUUCGCUAUGCCUACCAAGGACUUUGAGGUGUCGCGAUUCGAAGCUUUUAACCUAAUCAUGGGGGAAUUGCCCGUAAAAUUAUGGCGCAGAUAG